AUGACGAACUUGGAAUAAAUAAAACAUCUUAAAUGGGAAGGGGAUUAUGGAAUUAAUAAUACAUAGACUGGUAAAUGGAUAGCGUUUUGGAAAGGAAAAUAAUUAGAUGUAGGAGGAUAUUAUGAUGAGAAUGGUUCUAAAAUAGGAAAGUGGAUUGAAUUGUUUGAAAAUUAUUGGGAGUAUAAAUUAUUAAUUUAAACAGCUUUUCACCAGUUACAUAUGUUGGCGAAUAUUAAGUUGGAAAUAAAUAAGGAAGAUGGGAUACAUUUUACGAUAAAUAGAAAAUGUAAUCGUUUACAAAUAGACUUAAUUUAGAGGAGGAGGUAGUUAUUAGAAUGGUAAUAAAGUUGGUUUUUGGACUGAUUUAUACGAAAAUUAUUAUUGGUGAUUAUGCAUUAUAUCUUAUUAGCUCAUGUAAAGUUACUCAUACAGGAGAGUAUUAGGACAAUUAUAAAAUUGGUAGAUGGGAUACAAUGUUUUAAAACAAAAUUAUGUAUAAAAUAUCAUUUAGAAAUUUAUAAAAUACAGUGGAAGUACUGAUUAUGAUCAAUAUGGAUUGAAAAAUGGAAUAGGAAUAGAAUUAAAUGAGGAUUUCUAUUAGUAUAAUAAAGAUCAUUAGUUUAAAGUUGUUGUUAAGUUAUAUACAGGGGAGAAUUUAAAAACAAUAUUAUGGUAGGUAGAUGGGAUACAAUUUUUUUGGAAAAUAACACAAUCAUGUAACAAUUAUUAUCUUCAUUUAUUAUAGUGGAGGAGGAAAUUAUGAUAUAAAUGGUUUGAAAGAGGGCUUGUGGGUGGAUUUACAUGAUGGAUUUAAUAUGUAAUCUAUCUUUAAGUAAAAUUUAGAUACUAUAAACACAUCUAAACUGGAAACUAUUAAAAUGGUAUUAGGUAAGGCUAAUUUAUAGAAUCAUAAUUAUCUUGA